CCGAAAAAACCUAAGAGUGUGAAUCCUUGCAGUCACGAAAGCUUCAAAUCUAGAAUCCUUUCGUAGUCUUCACGACUGCGCCCCGUGACCCACUGGGGGGGGGGGGGGGUCCCUUACCGCUCGUCUCGUGGUCAGUGGUAUCCGUCCCCCUUUACGCUUCCAACAACUGGCCGGCGUUAAUACAUAUUUAUAUUUUUUAAAGAAUUUCCCACAACUCCAGAUAAGCAACACGGUCGGCUACGUGCGGUGCGAAAGAAGUUGGACAUACGUACGUGCUAGGGAGAGGGGGAGAGAUGGCUCCAGCCAAGUCAGUGUGUCUUAACAGGUCGGCUACAUCGCUUUGAUGGUCGUGUUUGUAGUAUGAAAACACAGGCGCAUGCUUGAACCCAGCGAGGUUUUGUUGUUGCUGUUGUUUUGUCAACUCACGGGGACGUUCAAGCAUCAUCGCAUGUCCACACAAUAAUCGUCGGCGUGAUAGUAGUGGUCGCUUAACGACGCCGCAGUUUGUUGAGUGCUCGCUCAGGUUUAGCUUCGUGUACACACACACCAUCCUUUUGUUUCAUAAACGGGGGUACGUGCGAGAUAUUUUCUUUACACUAUCUGGAAGUGGUGUGAGCGGCGAUAAAAACAUUUCGACAUUUCGUGUACUGCAUAUACUGCGCUUCGUAGACUGCACGGCCCAGGUAGAGCGGCGGGGGGGGGGGGUGAGUCACGGUGCGUUCCCGGUGUUUGCGUUUAUUCUUAAAUGGAUAAACAUUGGCCACGUACCAGCUUUGUCUUAGUUCAACAUCGUGCUCGUGUGGCUCUUAGUCCGGCAAUAAUAAUCAUUUAGCGGUGACGCGACACCUUCAUCUUAUCUUUACCGAGGGCGUGAUCGCGUUUGUUUAAUUCCACAAAGGGGACUUUUAUUCGCAAGCCCUUUGUGUCCAUCGCGUUGUUAGGAUAUAGUACUUUGAGACUGUUACAACAGUAGUGCCAAUUUGAUAGCGUAUCGUGAUUUAUAGCCAGAACUCGUGCUGUUCUGGUGAGCUACCACCAUGCGCAAACAGAUUUUAAUCGGGCUGCGGGCUUACGCGAUGGGCAGCAGAUAACUUUUGUUGUGGUGUACUUCUAUGAUCCCCGCCUUAAAGAACCCGAACCGACUAGCUUGGGUUGAAGUGUGAUAACCGAAAACCCACAGGAGUCCUUACAUAUGUGGCGAUGUCUUCAUUCGGCAGUGGAAUGUACAUUUAAAACGCUGGUUUUCGUACCUAAGAACAACAAUCAUCUAUAUUUGUUUAUCUGGUAAGGCCACGCAGAAGUUUUUAUGCCAGUUUUUUUUGUUUCGGCCAAGUCGUGGUUUUUAUACCUAAUUUAGCAUAAAACUAAUACGUGGCCUAGCCCAAAAAACAAAUAUGAUCGUUCGUGUUACAGGCUGUGGUGUUCCAGUGAUCACCUCCGUGUUGAUGUCGACCACGGGGGGGAUCAUUGAGGAAGAAACAUGUGGGUCUUGUUGCUGUUGAUGGGAGCUCACAAAUGGUCGUCGGCAGGCAACGACACGAUGGGGGUUGCCUUACCCCCCCUCCUCUCCUCCGUCGCUUGCAAGCAAACAACAUUCUCACGCGUCACGACGCAUCCCCACACACCCCACCUCCUAUCGAUGUGCAACUAAACCCCACACGGCCAAUUGUGUGCAGAAAAUGUCGGUGCUGUAGUUGAGCAGCUGCAGCAAGCAGCAGCAGCAGCUUUGCUCGGCUCGUUUUUGGGCCGCGCAUAGGCCGACGACGAUGAUGAUGAUGAUGUGUCUGUUUCCCACCCCACUCGGCACGUCACCAACAUGGACGAAUCGUGGGUCCCGUGUGUUGAUCGCCGUUGUUGUGACGCACUCCGCGAGGCGGAUGCGUGCGUGCGUGCUUUUUUGGUUGACGCUUAUUUUCCCGAGGCGUGUUGUUGGUAGGGGUUGUUGUUAUUGUGGUGGUUCAUAGUCCUCGAGUUGUUGGCGUGACCCCCCCCCCCAGCAAGCAAUGUUUGAUGGGGCUUUUUUGCGUGCACGAGGGGUUUGGUGAGAGAUGUUUACGGCUCUAUAAAACAGCUAUAUAGCUUGGGGAGGGGCCUUACCUGGUAAAAUAAAAAAUAGUUUUAAUAGCCGAGUUGCAUGGAUAAUCAAAAGACAGUUGUGAAACCCCAGCGACCCACAUCCACGUGUAUUUUACUCACCCCGAAUGUCUCUAAAAAAACAUUUGGCUGACAUUGUGUUGUACUUUAUCAGUCGUUGAAAGUACUAAAUGUUUCAUUUGCAUUUCUAUCGAUAUAGAGUUUUGAAAUUGGGUACCUUUUAUUCGUUGUUUAAUAAACAGGCAAAGGUCUCUCUUGCCAUUCACAUUCAUUAUUGGUCUAGGUUUGUGGGGUUUCAUGACCAAUGUUUUAAAAUCACAAUUUAUUUUGGGAGUUGUGCUUUGUUAGUGUGUGCAUAUCGGUUACACAAUCUGCAUAUUAACUUCUGGAAUGCAUUCAAGAAUGUUAAAGGGCUGCUAACCUCAUGCAUGUCAAUUCAUCUGACAUCAGCCACUCAUCACCUAUCAAUACUGACUGUAAAUAUCUUGCCUAAAGCCCAAGCAGCUGAACUUUAGAUUUUUUUUCCUUCCCUUAAUUAAAAAUAAAAAAAAUUCAUAGUUUCUUAAACUUUUUGUCGCGUUUUCCAACUACACAACUCCAAUAAUAUUUGUUUGUAUGGGGGUACCAUAUCACAUAAACUCGUAAAGAUGAUCUCAUGUAAAUGAAGGAGCAGUGCGUUCGUGCUCAUCGUUAAUUACAUGGGCCUCUUAGACAUUGCAUAACGUUACUUGUCAUGGAUCAUGCCAUUGCAUGUCUCUAGGCCUCAAUGGUAUAUCCGUGUGAAAUAUAUUAAUAAUUAUUUAAACACACGUUGACAUAAAAACACGUGAAGGUAUGUUACGCCUAACGUAAUAUUAUUCUUUAUAAUUAAUCGAUUUCCCCUUUGUGCAUAAACCCAUUUUAAGGUCCAGUGCUCACGGGGCCAGGCCUGUUCCACUGGUCCACCGCGCCUCACCGAUUCAGGGAAUCUGGGAGAGACUGGGGUAGGCUUACGUUCUCAAAUCCAUGUGGUGCUCUUGCUGUCUUUCAACUGCAGCUCCAAGUGUGCACUUUUUAACACAUUUUACUCUUUGCACGUAUGAAUCUCCUUUGUUAAUGUCCAUGUUUCUGAUCCAUGUAGUAGCAGGGAAUUUGGCUACAUUUUUGUCGACUUCUGAGCACAGACAUGUUGGAACAAUAUUACAGAAACUAUGCAUAUGUUUGAUUUUUAUUGUUAUUAAGUGUUCACUGAUGCUACGACUUAAUGCCUUGGUAGUGUCUUGUCCAUAUGUGUUAGAAUGAAUUUCGCUAUUUCAAUAUAUUUUUUUUUUUUUCCAGCAAACAUGAAAGUUAACGUGUUUUUUUUCAUGCAAGUUGCAUAACUUAAAAAUGUACAUCUAUCAUAACACCAAUUCUUUUGCGUAUUAUCCUUUCAAUUCCCUCUGGCAGUGUAGGUGAAGAGACCAUGGCUGCGAUAUGAGUUGACUUCUGGUCUUCUGGAAGCCAUUUCAGUCCUCAAGCCCCCCACAAGCAUCACAAUAAUGGAUUUACUUGAGUGUGGUGGCAAUAGCAGUAGCGAGAGCAGCAGCAGCAGCAGGGUCGUGUCUCCUACGAGCUCUAUGAUCCCUCCUCCCACCUCCCUGCUGCAGGGCAUGGCGGGGGUGGUGGGGGCAGCGCAGGAAAGAAAUCAGGAUGGCAGGAGUCCAGCUUUGAGCCCCUGCAAGCGCAAGGAGGCGCGGGGCAUGGCCUACACGAUCCGCUCGUCUGGCUUCCAAGUGACGCUCGACAACCGAGAGGUGUGGGAGCGUUUCCACUCGUGGGGAACUGAAAUGAUCCUCACCAAGGCCGGGCGCCGCAUGUUCCCGUACUGCCGCUAUAAGAUCCGUGGCUUGGAUCCUCAAAGCUGCUACCUGAUGGCAAUUGACGUCGUGCCGGUGGACGGACACCGCUACCGCUGGGGUGAGGGCUGCUGGAUGCCAAUAGAACGGGGGAGACCACAGAUUCCUGACAGCGUCUACGUUCACCAGGAGGGUGUCGCGCCUGGCUCCUUUUGGAUGUACGAGAGCAUCUCGUUUUCAGAGGUGAAGCUGACGAACACCGCUUUGGGUCAGGACGGGGUGAUCUCCCUCGUCCCCAUGUUUAAGUACGUGACGCGCUUCCACAUCAUCCGGGCCAACAAGGUGCCACGCCACCUGCGACUGGACGCGGACAACGUGCACACCUUCAUCUUCCCGCAGACAGAGUUCUUUGCCGUCACCGCCUACCAAAACACGGCCAUCACCCACCUCAAGAUAAGCCACAGUCCCCUUGCUUGGAGCACAGAGCCAAAGCCAGACGUGUUGAACCAGGAUGAGGAGGGAGGCGGUGACGGCAGUGGCUUGGCGCUCAACUCCCAGCAGGGCGUGAGGGAGAGAGGUCUCGCUGGGCUCGUCAGGGAAGAGGGAUCACGCUUGCAUGGUUGGGACUAACGACCGCUCGUAUGAUGCCAGCCGAGGAGAUGGAUCUGUUGGGAUGUUGGAAGAAGAUGUGCUGUCGGAUAAGUCAACAAAUGGAGAUGGUGUAAUAAGGAAUAAGUUGAAACGAGACGACAAUUCCAAUGGCUGUAAGGAUCAAAACACUUUGUUUGACAUCAGCAAAGUCAAAGACGAACCUAAUGACACCUGGCAGGAGUUGGUGGAAAACGUUGACCCUCCCUCCAGUCUGGG